AAGAUUAAAGUUCUAAAACAAACAACUAAAUCAAACGUUGCAUUUUUUUUUCUAAUAUAAAGCUUUAUUGAAUUACUGAUUUAAAAUUAUCUUAUGUAAUGUAAUUUUUUAAAUUUGGAAAAAUGUUUAAAAAUAUUCUAUUGCAAGUCAUUACCCAUCAGAAAUGUAUAAGUUACACAAAAAAUCCUAAAGGUUAUCUUACUUAUAGGAUAAAUAAAAGUUAUUUUCAUAAUGGGAUAUGUUUGCUAAAUCCUGGAAACCCUCCAAAGUCAAGUAGCCAAACUUCUCCUGCGAUAGCUACUAAAUUUCAAGUUAUAACAGAAACAAACUCACCAGUGAUAGAACAUACUGCUGAUGAACUUUACAUAGAAGACAAAUAUCCUAUUUUAAGUGAUGAAUUUGAUGGAAUUAAUUUAGAAAGAGGAAAAAAUGGUGUAUAUGAAAUAGAAGAUCUUGUAGAAUUACUGCAAAGAGAGAACUCAAAGGACAUUUUUGUAGCUACUGUUCCAAAAGAAAUUAAUUAUGUAGAUUAUAUAUGUAUAGUCAGUGCAAGAAGUAAAAGACAUAUUCUGGCAUUAGCCGAGUUUGUAAGGAAGGUAUACAAAAAGAAAUGUCAUAAAAAUGACUAUAUACCAAAAAUUGAGGGUAAAGAUUCUGAAGAUUGGAUGGCUUUAGAUUUAGGUAAUAUAGCCUUGCAUAUAUUCUCAGAAAAAACACGAAAGGUAUAUGACUUAGAAACAUUGUGGUCAGUUGGGUCAGAAUUUGAUGAAAAGACUACUAAGAGCAAUGAAGUUAUUGAUAUGUUAGAAAACUACAGCACAUAUUUGAAAGAUCUUAAGCCAUUAGCAUGAAGACAAAAUAACUGAUGUGUUUGUUUCUACCUACUUCUUUACCUUACCAUAUAUUAUUUGUAUGUAUAGUGUGUAUAUUAAACAAUAUCUCUUCUCAA